CAUCCACUCGUUCCCGUCACACAGUCUGAAGUACGGAAGUGACCUGGCCUGCCUGAAAACUUUCUCUUAAGAUUCAUUUUUUAGGUCGUUUCUAUUUCUCAUAGGUCAGAUCCGACUAUGGCGUUUCCCGGAUAUAACAAUUAUGGUGCGAUGCCCGGAGUUCCUGCUGCGGGUGGUUACCCUGGACAGCCGUAUGGGGGGUAUCCAGGCUCUUUUCCUGCUGCUCCUGCCCAGGACCCAAUGUGGGGCUAUUUUACAGCUAUAGCUGGUCAGGAUGGUGAAGUUGAUGCUGAAGAACUUCAGAGGUGCCUCACUCAGACUGGAAUCAGCGGCUCCUACACUCCUUUCAGUUUGGAAACCUGCCGGAUUAUGAUUGCCUUGUUGGAUAGAGAUUACACAGGAAAGAUGGGAUUCAAUGAGUUUAAAGAACUUUUUGGUGUGCUUAACGGCUGGAAACAGAACUUCAUGAUGGUGGACAGAGACCACAGUGGGACAGCGGAACCUUACGAGAUGUCCCAGUCCAUUGCUAGCAUGGGGUAUCGGGUCAGCCCACGGGUACUGGACGCCAUCGUCAAACGCUAUAGCAGGUCAGGAAAGAUCUACUUUGAUGACUACGUGGCGUGUUGUGUAAAGCUCAAAGCACUUACAGACCACUUCAGGAGGAGAGAUACAAUGCAGCAGGGAAUGGUGAACUUCCAAUAUGAUGACUUCAUCCUGUGUACGAUCUCUCUCUGAAGAACUUACUGCGAAGUACAGUAUACACUCCAGGAAGAGCACUGAAAUCCAGAGGAACAAUAUGAAUACGUGUAGUAUGGGCAUUUCAAAAUUAUUUGUUAAAUUGCCAGUAUAAAGUCUAAUAUCUGAAAACAGAAGUUAACCAUGUAUUGCUCACAAUAGCUAUCAAUGUUUGUGCCAAAGUAGACCACGGUUGUUUAUAAAUGAUCUUUUUUCAUACACAUUCUUUAAGAAAUUUUGCAUCAAGUUAAAAUAUAACAGCACUUUACCAUUUUGCCAUUAAAUCCAAUAUAUCAUGA